AUGGGUGGAUCAGCUUCUCUCCAUGAUGGUGAUUUAGAUUUUGAUUUGUUGUGUCAUGUUUCCGAUCGCUAUGAUGACUUGUUGCAAAAGGAGAAAUACAAGAGAAAAGAGAAAGGCAUCUUGACCAUGGCUUUGACAGUUGAGUUGCAGACGAGUGAAGAAGAGUUUGAGCGAAACACACUAGAGUCACUAGAGAAGCAAAACAAGUUGACUGAGAGUUUGCGCGACAUUGAGGAAAAGGAACGUGUCCUGCACUGCAAGACGUCUGAGCUGCAGAAGAGCGAAGAGGAGCUUGAAGAAAACGCCCUUGAAGUGCGAAAGAAGAAAGACAUCUUGACGCAGAGCAUGGCUGACCUUGAGAAAAGGGAACAGAUGCUGCAAGAGAAGACAGUUGAGUUGCAGAAGAAUGAAGAAGAGUUUGAGCGAAACACACUAGAGUCACUAGAGAAGCAAAACAAGUUGACUGAGAGUUUGCAGGACAUUGAGGAAAAGGAACGUGUCCUGCACUGCAAGACGUCUGAGCUGCAGAAGAGCGAAGAGGAGCUUGGAGAAAAAGCCCUUGAAGUGCAAAAGAAGAAAGACAUCUUGACGCAGAGCAUGGCUGACCUUGAGAAAAGGGAACAGGUGCUGCAAGAGAAGACAGUUGAGCUGCAGAAGAAUGAAGAAGAGUUUGAGCGAAAAUCCCUCGAAACGCAGAGGGUGAAAACAGAGCUGGACAAGAACAUCCAUGACCUGCAGGAGGUUCGCACCAAGAAACUCGAACUUUUGGAAAAGGAGUUGCUGGAACGAAACGCUCUCGACCAAGAUUCGGUUCGUGUUGAACUUCGAGACCUGAAGGCCGUCGUGCAUGGGCUGCAACAGGAAAUGGCGAGGAUGGCUGCCUCCAGCUACAGCGACGCUUCCUCCGUCAACACCUUGGAAUCGUGGAUCCAUGUGGGCUCCACGAAGCCGUGUUGCUUCCAUCCGGACGCCCACUUCAAGGUCUUCACCAGCGACGGUCCAGUCCUUGCCCCUGCCAGCAUGCUCCACCAGGGAGCUCGGGUGCAGUCUGCCAGUGGCAAAGUCGUGGAGGUCGUGAACCCGCCGGAGCAGCACCAGGUCGAUUCUGUCAUCGAGUUGAAAGCUGGCACUGCAUCCCUCGUGGUGAGCCCAGACCAUCGGGUCCUGGUUCCUGGAUUUCCUGGCAACAAAACGGUGAAAGCCGAAGAGUUGUCGGAAGGCGACGUGGUGAUUCUGGAUGGAAUUCCUGCCCGACUCAGCUCAUGCGAGCGCAAGACUGGGAAGACGUUGGUGAUCCGCCUUGGCUUCAAACCAGAUCUGCCUGCACUGAUGCGGCCGUCAUCCAUCCUCAGCAAGGGCUUUCGCAAAAAGCAGCUGCGCCGCAGCCUGAAGAAGGUCUCUGAAGCAGCCGAUGACACCUACGCGGGUACUGAAGGGCCCGAAAGUUGUAAGUACGGUCUCCCAUUCCCCGACGCAUGGACCUUUGCCCUGCGAAAAUCCGCCAUAGGUCGUUGGGGACAUUUGCAGGUUGUGGCGACUUUGCAACAUGAGCCUUCCACGAAAUUGGAAUUAAAUAUGCAGAAGGAGACGGUCUUUCCGAAGCAAUGGAACGCUUUAAAUGCCUUUCUCCAGUUCGCGACAAGUGCGGGUGGCCUGAGCUCCGCCAGCUCCAAUGAUGAGCUGAGUUGGUGCUUUGCAGAGGCACGUGGCUGGCAGUGCAUGAGGAAUGGCCUGUUACAACGCUGUGAGGCACUGCACGGCUUCACUGCAGCUUGGGUUCAAGGCUUCGCCGGUGAUCGGCAAAAUCGGCAACGAUUUGUGGUCAAGCCAUGGGUGGAACAGAUCGAAGAGGAGCUUAAAGAAAACACCCUUGACGUGGAAAAGAAGAAAGACAUCUUGACGCAGAGCUUUGCUGACCUUGAGAAAAGGGAACAGAUGCUGCAAGAGAAGACAGUUGAGUUGGAGAAGAACAAAGAAGAGUUUGCGCAAAACACACUAGAGAAGCAAAACAAGUUGACUGAGAGUUUGCGGGACAUUGAGGAAAAGGUACGUGUCCUGCACUGCAAGACGUCUGAGUUGCAGAAGAGCGAAGAGGAGCUUGAAGAAAACGCCCUUGAAGUGCAAAAGAAGAAAGACAUCUUGAUGCAGAGCAUGGCUGACCUUGAGAAAAGGGCACAGAUGCUGCAAGAGAAGACAGUUGAGUUGCAGAAGAAUGAAGACGAGUUUGAGCGAAACACACUAGAGAAGCAAAACAAGUUGACUGAGAGUUUGCGGGACAUUGAGGAAAAGGAACGUGUCCUGCACUGCAAGACGUCUGAGCUGCAGAAGAGCGAAGAGGAGCUUGGAGAAAAAGCCCUUGAAGUGCAAAAGAAGAAAGACAUCUUGACGCAGAGCAUGGCUGACCUUGAGAAAAGGGAACAGGUGCUGCAAGAGAAGACAGUUGAGCUGCAGAAGAAUGAAGAAGAGUUUGAGCGAAAAUCCCUCGAAACGCAGAGGGUGAAAACAGAGCUGGACAAGAACAUCCAUGACCUGCAGGAGGUUCGCACCAAGAAACUCGAACUUUUGGAAAAGGAGUUGCUGGAACGAAACGCUCUCGACCAAGAUUCGGUUCGUGUUGAACUUCGAGACCUGAAGGCCGUCGUGCAUGGGCUGCAACAGGAAAUGGCGAGGAUGGCUGCCUCCAGCUACAGCGACGCUUCCUCCGUCAACACCUUGGAAUCGUGGAUCCAUGUGGGCUCCACGAAGCCGUGUUGCUUCCACCCGGACGCCCACUUCAAGGUCUUCACCAGCGACGGUCCAGUCCUUGCCCCCGCCAGCAUGCUCCACCAGGGAGCUCGGGUGCAGUCUGCCAGUGGCAAAGUCGUGGAGGUCGUGAACCCGCCGGAGCAGCACCAGGUCGAUUCCGUCAUCGAGUUGAAAGCUGGCACUGCAUCCCUCGUGGUGAGCCCAGACCAUCGGGUGCUUGUUCCUGGAUUUCCGGGCAACAAAACGGUCAAAGCCGAAGAGUUGUCGGAAGGCGACGUGGUGAUUCUGGAUGGAAUUCCUGCCCGACUCAGCUCAUGCGAGCGCAAGACUGGGAAGACGUUGGUGAUCCGCCUCGGCUUCAAACCAGAUCUGCCUGCACUGAUGCGGCCGUCAUCCAUCCUCAGCAAGGGCUUUCGCAAAAAGCAGCUGCGCCGCAGCCUGAAGAAGAAGGUUUCUGAAGCAGCCGAUGACACCUACGCGGGUACUGAAGGGCCCGAAAGUUGUAAGUACGGUCUCCCAUUCCCGGACGCAUGGACCUUUGCCCUGCGAAAAUCCGCCAUAGGUCGUUGGGGACAUUUGCAGGUUGUAGCGACUUUGCAACAUGAGCCUUCCACGAAAUUGGAAUGA